AGACGAAUGGAACACUACUCUCAUGCUGGUACCUGUGUAAGGGCUUACCCGUGAGGUACGAUUUAGAAGAAAAUCGCUCUGCCUGUUUUACAGAUUCAUGGGAGAUUGGCGAGUGCAGCUCCGGUAAAUGCAUCAAUACCCUGCCACUAACAGGGGUGUCAUUGACAACACAGACCACGAUGACCAAGAUACCAUUUCCGCGCAAUAAAGGCCAGACUACUCCCUCACGUGGAAGGAGGAAACAAAAAUGCACACGUGACACCAAGCGCACAGAGUCAGACAGAAAAAGUUGUCGCUACCGAUGCCUCGGCCAACCAAAGAAAUUGGAGAUGGAACCGGACGGAACACCGUGCAGACCUUCACCCAGGAGACGUGGCUUCUGCUUCAACGGACGCUGUCGAAAGAAGUACCCUGAAACAAAACCACCUCAGGUGCCAAGUACCUUAACUCCUGAUCAAGAAAGUUCCGUGCUACCUUUGAAUUGUUCGCACCACAAAAAGAAGACUACGAAUGAUGACGCUGUUAGAACAUGCUCCUUCAUGUGCAAAACAGGAAAAGCCCACGUCUUAGUCAUCGAGGAAAAGGGGACGCCGUGUGUGGGAAGCCGUGGCAAACGGGGCAUUUGCAUCGGCAAGAUAUGCCGGACGCAUCGAGCGGUUGCAACAUUGUCCGCCGCUUCAGGAAAUUGGAGCGAAGACGCGGAAAUCACGAGAAAAAACAACCCCGGUGGUCUUUUACAACUGAAUAUUCUUUGACACAUAAGCCUAACUGGUACACCUUCCUUGUACGUCACAGGAAACACCAGCGUUGUGGAUGCUAAGCGCUCCAGGAAUUAUUUCACGGAAGGGGGCAAUUCUGUCUAUCUCAGCGGAUCCACUACCCAGUUGGAAGGUAGUUCAGAAAGUCCAACCGCUAUAACGAAAGAUAGCACUGAGACUAAAAUGCGCUUACAUUCUAUGGUAGCUGCGGGCAUAUCUACUGGUACGUCGGUGAGUCCAGAUUCACAGGUACAUCUUAGUACAACAGAAAAGCCGUUGUUCAAACAUCAGGGCUCAGAUACCGACGGUGGACAUGCAGUAAGCCCUACAAUAUCCACACCUGAAAUAGUGGCAAACGAAGAAGCAUAUACACGCAUCCAAGAAUACGCAGAAAAAUCGACCAUGGUUUCAGUGACCAAGUAUACUUCCACGCAAGGUCCAUUAAAAUUUGAAGCUAAAGUCACAUCCAUAGAGCCUUCCCUCGGUAAAACGCGGUUAAAGAAGUCAAGUGAUUCAUUCGAGUCCAUGCUAGAAACAGCACCUCCUACAAGAAUGCAGGCACUGCCGAAAUCCGAGAUUGGAGACAAACAAACAAUAGACAAAAAAUCUGACCUUGGCUUUCCAAAACGCGCCAGUGAAAACCUUGUUCCGUCGUUAACGUCAGAAAGAUAUUACACGAAUUCUACGGUCCAUGCGUUAAGCAAAUUGCCGAGUACUAUAUUCACUGAAGUAUCACAAGUCCCACAUUUUUCGAGAGUAGUCAAUAACCACACCAGCACCGCGUUUUCACGUCGUAUUGCAAGAAAGAGCUCUGAUGUCGACAUAGCUGGAACACAUAUUAGUGAAUCGUUCAACGUUCAAACCUCUCCUGUUUAUGAUCACGUGACAACAGCAGCGGAAGAGCGCCAAAUAAUAUCAGCAGCUAGAACAACAGCAGACGCUGUGAUCAAUUCGAAAGGAAAUAGUGAUACUUUUCUUACAAAGCCUGCCACUCCAAUAUCGACUACGGUAGAAAAACGCGAAAUAAUUCAUGAAAAUCUUCUGCGUGGUGAAACUCCUUUAGCAUAUUAUACCGAAACCACGCCUGUACCGACGAAACCAAUGCUGAUCACUCUGCGCUUCGAUAGAACAUCGACUGCAGCAUUUCGUCGAAGAAAUUUCGCGCACACGCAUGAGGUUGAAACCACACAUCACGUUUCCCCAAUUGCAGAGCGUGAACGCUUUCGCAGAAUUUCGACUGCAUCUGUGGAUCAAACACAGCCCAUGGCCGACUCAGCAGCCACUCCAGUCAUUACAACACUUAAUAGAGAGGUUGAUGUACCUUUCGUAACAAACGCCAAGUUAGCUGCAACAGAAGUCUUCAUAGCGCCGUCCGUGCGGGCAACUUCGGGAAAUGGAAAUCGGCAUGUUGACUUAGGAAGCAGCCAUCAAGGGCAGAGAACCACUCAUUAUUUUCACUGACUUUUUCCAGAAGUUUGCAACUCGAUCAAUCACUAAUAGAACCGCUCCGCCUGCUCAGAAUAACAUGCGUCCGUUCAGCGCGUGAACUGCAGAUAGGUUAACUGCAAAUCGGUGGACUGCUUGACGGACAGUUGCAGACACCAUCUGACCCAAACUUUUCUACGAAGGACCAUUUCUUUGUCUGACCCCUUUGUCACAGGCGUUUGUGAAAACGUUGUCUCCAAGCUGAAGCUUCCAACGAUCCCGUGCCACUGAUCGAUAAUCUUCAUCUGAUGUCGUAGCCUUGUACGGCGUUGACAGAUUUAACUUAUCAAUAAAUGGGGACAUUAGGUGAGGUUCAGAUCAUGGUCACUGUACUGGAAGCAAGAUAUAUACGACUGAUGUCUGCUAUCCGACAAAAUGUUUGUAAUAAAAUGUUGUCAUACUAUUCAAACAUUUUUGAUGAAAGUAAU